UUAAGUUCUAUAAAAUGAUUCAUAGAAUUAUUGUAUUGCUAAUGAUGUUUUUUCCCCUGUUUUGUCUGCAGGAAAUCCUAAGCAGCGAUAUUAUUAUCCUGACAAUCACAAGAUGCAUAGCAAUUAUUUAUAUUUACUUUCAAUUUCAAAAUCUUCGACAAUUAGGUUCCAAAUAUAUAUUGGGAAUUGCAGGACUUUUCACAAUUUUCUCCAGUUUUGUGUUUAGCAUGGUUGUCAUUCACUUCCUGGACAAGGAGCUGACAGGCCUCAAUGAGGCAUUGCCAUUCUUUUUGCUGUUGAUUGAUCUCUCCAAAGCAUGUACUCUGGCCAAGUUUGCUCUGAGUUCGAACUCACAGGAUGAAGUAAGAGAGAAUAUUGCCAAAGGAAUGGCUGUCCUAGGGCCCACAUUCACUCUUGAUGCCAUCGUAGAGUGCCUUGUAAUUGGUGUGGGUACAAUGUCAGGUGUGCGACAGCUGGAGAUCAUGUGCUGCUUUGGUUGCAUGUCUGUCCUGGCUAAUUACUUUGUGUUCAUGACAUUUUUUCCGGCCUGUGUCUCUCUUGUGUUGGAGUUAUCCAGAGAGAGCAGAGAGGGUCGACCAAUCUGGCAACUUAGUCACUUUGCUAGAGUUCUAGAGGAGGAACAGGACAAGAAACCUAACCCUGUCACACAAAGGGUUAAAAUGAUCAUGUCAUUUGGCCUGGUGAUGGUUCACGCCCAUAGCCGGUGGGUUGCUGAUCCUGCAUCCAGUAAUGAAACUCUUGAUAUUUCUCAAAUUGGAGUGAAUGACAAUAUGCCCAAGAAGAUUGACCCAGACAUGCCACUGUGGCAUUUUUAUCUGUCCAGAAUGAUCAGCAUGAACAUUGAGCAGAUGAUCACAUUGGGUCUCGCCCUGUUUCUGGCCGUGAAGUACAUUUUCUUUGAGCAGGUGGAGACAGAGUCAAGACUGUCCCUCAAAGUUCCCACAUCAGGUUCUUUACUUACCCAGAAAUGGUCUCCUGACCAGUGCUGCAGGAAAUGGGUUUCCUAUUCUAGCAAACCUGCAGAACCACCAGUUGUUACUAAGGAGGAAAGAGAUUUAGUGAUUCGGCCCUUGACUGCCCCAAAGGAACAUGAACAAAAAAGUACUUUUAUAUUAGGAGAGGUUGAAGCUCGGGAAAACAUAGAUAUGUGGAAAUCUAAGAUCAAUUUACCUGCUGAACCCAGACCUGUGGAAGACUGUCUGUCCAUUCUGAAAAACCCAGAUAUGGGUGUUCAAUAUCUCAGUGAUGAAGAGGUGAUUGUGUUGGUAAACUCAAAGCACAUCCCAUCUUACAAACUAGAGGCCAUGAUGGAGACCUCUGUGAGAGGCGUGAUGAUCCGGAGAAAAAUCUUGACCCCCAAACUCCCUAAACCAUUAGCUCUGUCCUGCUUGCCUUAUAAAGACUAUGACUUCACUAAGGUGAUGGGAACAUGUUGUGAGAAUGUUAUUGGUUAUAUGCCAAUUCCUGUGGGGGUUGCCGGCCCACUGUUAUUGGAUGGGAAGCAGUUUCAGGUCCCCAUGGCAACAACUGAGGGCUGCCUCGUUGCCAGUACAAAUAGAGGCUGCAGAGCCAUAGCUUUGGCAGGUGGCGCUAGUAGCCGUGUUCUUGCAGAUGGAAUGACCAGAGGCCCAGUCGUGCGUUUGCCUUCAGCCUGUCAGGCAGCUGAAGUCAAGGCCUGGAUGGAGAGUGCUGAGGGCUUUAAUUGCAUGAAGGAGGCCUUUGACCAGACCAGCAGAUUUGCCCGAUUAGAGAAGCUUCUGAUUGGUCUUGCAAGUCGCAACCUGUACAUUCGAUUUCAGUCCAGAACUGGAGAUGCAAUGGGAAUGAACAUGGUCUCAAAAGGCACAGAACAGGCCCUUGUCAGGCUGAAAGAGGAAUUUCCAGAGGUGCAUGUCCUUGCCCUUAGUGGAAACUAUUGUACUGACAAGAAACCUGCCGCCAUUAACUGGAUUGAAGGAAGGGGCAAGUCUGUGGUGUGUGAGACUAUCAUUCCAGCCAAAGUCAUCAAAGAGGUUUUAAAGACAACGACCAAUGCUUUGAUAGAUGUCAACAUCAGCAAAAAUUUGGUUGGAUCAGCUAUGGCUGGAAGCAUCGGGGGUUUUAAUGCUCACGCUGCAAACAUUGUAGCUGCCAUCUAUAUUGCUUGUGGACAGGACCUGGCUCAGACAGUAGGCAGCUCCAACUGCAUCACUAUAAUGGAAGCCUCAGGGUCCACAGGGGAGGAUCUUUAUAUCAGCUGUACUAUGCCCUCUAUUGAGCUUGGCACUGUUGGUGGGGGCACUAACCUUCCUCCCCAGCAGGCCUGUUUACAGAUGUUAGGUGUAAUGGGUGCCAGUCAGGAGUGCCCAGGUGAGAAUGCCCGUCAGCUUGCCAAGGUUGUGUGUGCCACCGUACUUGCAGGAGAGCUGUCACUUAUGUCUGCACUCGCAGCUGGACACCUGGUCAUAAGUCACAUGACUCACAAUAGAUCAAAAGUGAAUUUGCAAGAAGCUUCAGGAACAUGCCAACAGCCAUCCUGAGCAAGCAUCAGCUGCAAAAAUGCAUAGAGGCCAUAUAGACAGAGGAUCUUACCUUCAAGGCACAAAAUAUUUAUACAAAAUAUGUUUUCAAGGACAUAAAAAUAAUACAGACUUACUCUCUUCUUGUGUCUACUUUUCCACAAAAGAAUUGCCUUUGCGUACACGUUUUUAAUGUGUGUUUACAUGUUUUUAAUUUGACAUUUUAACAUAAAGGAUAAAACCACACGUUUCAAGAUUUAAUGCCAAAAACGUCAAUGUUGAAUAAUAUCUUAAUUAGAUUUCUGAUUCCAGAAAUCCAGCUUGAUUUGUUAUCAGAGCAAAACUAAUCUUAGAUCAGGGGCUUUAAAAGUAUGGGGCGUGUCCCGAGGGGGGAUCAGAGCAUACACAUUUUUAAGUAAACAUAUUAAACCUCUUAAGCUCUGCAGACCGGUGACAUCAUCAAGAUAUUAUUUAAAAUUUUAAAGGUCUGAAGUGGACCAAUAAACCCAUAUUUGGUAUUGUUUGAAAGCGUAGGCUCUCUAUUUUCCGCAGAUAUGAAUCAAUUUGGACAUUUAUUUGACUGUAAGAUAGUUAUUUAUCUCCCCCCCCCCAUUUUUGUACAUUGUCCAAUAUUAAUAUUUUUCAUAUCGCUCAAAUUUGACAAACAUGGGCAAAUCAUAUAUCAAAUAAAAGCUCUCAUUCCCAGGAUUAAGGUUCCAGUUAUUUUUAUUGAAUUAUAAACACAUAACCAACAGGCUUCGAAUUAAUCAUGAGGUAAGAAAUCACAUUUUGAAAACACACUAGUGAAAAAAUUGAACAUUUGCUCCGUGAGCUGCGGAAUAUAGCGCAGAUAGCCACAAAUGCUAUAUCGUCUCUUACCUUAGAUUCUCUUCUACAAAAUGAGCCCAUUUUCACCGUUUUGCGUGAUUGCACGAAUAAUCCGUUGCUUUGUCUUGUAUGUGCAAAACGCAACAAAGUAGUGUUAUGAUAUUUAAAAAUUCUGGAAAAUAUGAAAACAUCCAUUGAUCCAAAUGACACGCAUAUCUUCCGAAAGUUGAGACCCUCACCUUUACAAAGAUAUGACGGACGCUCAGAUCGGCCAAUCAGAGGCUGAGAUAAUGCGCCCUGAACUAGAGGUGACGUAUACUACCCAAAGUAAAUGCGUGCGCUCAAACCUGGCUCAGAUUACAGGAUUCUCGGCCAGAAUUUACCCCGAUUUCCCCUCCCGAGAAUCUUUGAAAAAAUCGGGUCCAGAACCUCGAUCGGGUCCGAGGUUCGGCCCAGAUUAUCACGUAAUGUGAGGCCUUCACAGAUCGAAUUUUACACCUCCCAAUCUGCUCCGAGAGAAAUCGGGUAACGUUACUGAGGUAACGUCUCAGUAACGUUAGGCUGCUGUAGAGAUCCACCUGCUGCUCUUUUACUGCAUAGCCCCGCUACCACCGACCUUGCGCUUUAAAAGUUUUAUUUUAUUUUAGUUAUUGUUGCUCUUGUGCAACAGAUGAAAAACAGUUUAUUUGUAUUUUGAUACUAUAUACAGGUGCUGGUCA